AUGACUGUACUCCUACAGGAAAAACCCCAUCAAUGUUCUCAGUGUGAAAAGACUUUUAGCCACAUGUCUUCUCUCAAGACACACAAGAGGAUCCACACUGGAGAAAAGCCAUAUCAUUGUUCUCAGUGUGGAAAGACUUUUAGCGGAAUGUGUUACCUCAAGACACACCAAAGGAUCCACACUGGAGAAAAGCCAUAUCAUUGUUCUCAGUGUGGUAAGGCCUAUAGUCAAAUGUGUCAUCUCAAGUCACACCAGAGGAUCCACACUGGGGAAAAGCCACAUCAGUGUUCUCAGUGUGGAAAGACUUUUAGCCAAACGUCUUCUCUCAAGUCACACCAGAGGAUCCACACUGGGGAAAAGCCACAUCAGUGUUCUCAGUGUGGAAAGACUUUUAGCCACACAUUUUUUCUCAAGACACACCAGAGGAUCCACACUGGAGAAAAGCCAUAUCAUUGUUCUCAGUGUGGAAAGACUUUUAGCCAAACGUCUUCUCUCAAGACACACCAGAGGAUCCACACUGGGGAAAAGCCACAUCAGUGUUCUCAAUGUGGAAAGACUUUUAGCCGAAUGUCUUAUCUCAAGUCACACCAGAGGAUCCACACUGGAGAAAAGCCAUAUCAGUGUUCUCAGUGUGGGAAGUGCUUUAAUACCAAAGGCAAUCUCAAGAAACAUCAGAAAAUACAUUCAAGAGAAUCAAGAGGCCCCGUUAGUGCAGUACACAAGAAAAGAGACACACUGCAGUCUAACAUAUGAUCCAAUCUGAAAAACAAAACAA